CCCAGAAGAACUUAGUUAUUCUUGCACUCUUCAGUGGUGUUUUGUUUGUAGUUUUCUCUAGCUUACUAGCUAGCUGAACAGAACUAUCUGUGUACUCUAGAAACCAUUCCUCAACAGUUCACAUACGUCAAAGCUGUAGCUACCACUUUGAAGGAUCUAACCGUUAACUUAGUGAGCGAAUCGACCAUCAAGUCGACCUACCAGAUGUGAAUAAUGCUAACGUUAUCUGUUAGGGUAAGCUAAUUUCGUUGUUAGCUAGGCAGUCCUAGCCAACACCCUCAUGAGGCAAUCCAACUCCGGAGAAUUAGCUAUCUACCAUCUGUAAACAAGUCUGACUAACUUGGGUUUUGCAUCUAGCAGCAAAGAACAAUCCAACAGAAUGUCAGGUGAUGCCAUUCUGCUGAAUGUACCUGUCAUUCGGCAGCUGUACCACUGGGACUGUGGAUUAGCCUGCGCAAGAAUGGUUUUGAAGUACGGGAACAUUUCGUCAUAUACUUUACAUACACGGUACCUCCACCCUGUGAGUGACGAGGAGUUUCAGGGUGCUUGCUGGGAGCUGAAGCUGACGGAGAGCGUGUGGACAAUUGACUUGGCCUACCUCAUGUGCCAGCUGGGGGUCAGGUACCGCUUCUGCACUCAGACACUGGGUGUUGACAAGGGCUUCAGGAAUCAGUCCUUCUACAAAAAGCAUUUUGACACUGAGGAAGACCGAGUGAACAAACUCUUCCUUAAGGCUGAGAGCAAGAAUGUCGUGGUGAAACAAUGGUUAAUUAACUUUGUGAAGAAGAAAGACAAAUUGUUCCAAAACUACCAGCUUGUCUGCUCUGUGACAAUUCAGGAAAUCCAGGAACAUGUUGACCUGAGCCAUGUGGCCAUAGUGCUGGUCAACGCUGUGGUUCUGGUGUGUGAACUCUGCUCUUCGCCUGUCAAGUACUGCUGUUUCCUGCCUGUGGGCCAGAAGUGCUUCUGCAGGAAGCCAGAAUACCAGGGUCACUUCGUGGUGGUGUGCGGCUUCAACCGGAGCAGCGGCUGCAUCUUCUACAACAACCCUGCCUACUCAGACCGAGAGCUGAUGGUGGCGGUGCAGAUGACGAUGCAGAUGGUCUCCACAUCAUCAUAGCGUCCCAUCCUCACUAUGAUGACACAACAGUGGGUCUACAGGUCCCUGAACAGGGACUGCUGGUUCCAGCUCUGGCCCAGUGUUGUAGAUGGGCCUGGGCUGUCCACUCCAGUGCUAACAUGGCUGAUUGCUCACAGAACAUACAACACCACUCCAACGUCACCACACAUAGCCCAUGCUAGUCGUCAUUGUCUAAAGGAAUAACAGCUGAAGAGAUCAACAAAGCCAGUGUGGUUUUUGUGUUGGUUGGGGGACAAGCAGAUAGAUGAAAUAGAAUAAAUGAAUUUUGACAGUGUCCCCUUUUGUUUAGUUUUAGUUGAUUCUAUCAAUUGACAUUGUGAAAUAUUUAGCAGUGCAAGCCUAUAAAUCCUAUUCCUAAUGCUGAGUGGACAAAAUGCCAAUGACACUCAAGUUGUUUCUUAACUUGGAGACGAGGGCAAAACAAUGCACAUACGAGGGCUUAAGGCAACAUGAUGCUUUCUUAAUGGUUUAUUCUGGUGUCAUGCUAUUUGUCAUGCAAGUCUGAUGGGCCAUGUAUAGCUGCUUUCCUCCCCUAAGACUAGCCUAGUCUUAUUUUAUUAAUAGUUUGAUUUGUAUUUAUUAAGGAUCCUCAUUAGCUGCUCAGCUACUCCUCCUGGGGUCCAGCAACAUUAAGGCAGUUAUAUAACAUUUAAAACAGUACAUGACAUUACAUUUCAUAACACUUUGCCCAAUACAUAUAGUGUUCCCUCAGUCCACUACUCCACUAUCACAUAUUUACAAUACAACAUCCAUGUGUACGUGUGUGUGUAGAGUGCGUGUCUUAUCAUGUGUGUGUGUGUGUCUCUUCACAGUCCCCGCUGUUCCAUAAGGUGUAUUUUUAUCUGUUUUUUUAAAUCAGAUUCUACUGCUUGCAUCAGUUACCUGAUGUGGAAUUCCAUGUAGCCAUGGCUCUACAUAGUACUGUGCGCCUCCCAUAGUCUGUUCUUGACUUGGGGAACGUGAAGAGACCUUUGGUGGCAUGUCUGUUUGUUAAAUUUAACUUAUUAUUUAGAAUGAGCUAAUAACAGGGAAUAGAGGGAAAAUAGUUUUUGAAGGACUCAGGUAAUUAAUGUUCAUGAAGUCUGAUUGUUGUACUACGAUGGCAAACCCAUUUCAAACUCAUUUUCUUAAUUCAAAACGCCUCGCCCAAUAGCCUGUUUAUGGAACCAAAUCUGCCCGGCAGGCUUAGAUGUCGGCAAUCGGAACAUCAUGUUCAACCUCAGCCAGCUGCUUUGAACAGACUUUGCUCUUGUUGUGUGCACCAGUUAAUCAGUUAACUUCGUUUUCAUUGGGAGGCCCCUUUUCAGGGUUGCACUACAUGCCUCAAUUUCCAUGCUCUUUAAAUUAGAAAAAAGAGAGAGAAUGGAGACAGUGUAAAGUCUGAAAUACUCAGUACGGGGUAUGGAUGCUUUGUAGGUUUUUCUUCAGUGUAUGACUUAACGCUACAGUAAGGUUUUAAAGGAUUUUGAUCAUAAGAUGUUUUCUGUUGAAAACCGCAAUCAAGUAGAGACAACACAUAGAAUAACACCUUUUAUUUAAUUCUCAUUCAACAUUUAUUUUUACAUUUUGGUAUCAUGGAUGAUAUUGCACUAUGGUAUUUGUACCAGCCAUAAUUAUGUAUUAUUUAAUUAAUAUUUUAACAUAAGAUAUUUUCCCAAUCUACUAAUUGGGUGGGAAGACAAUUUAUUCCUGGUUGUGUAUUUGUUAUCUAUUAAAAUGGCAAACUUUUUUUCUUACAAUUCCAAUUACGUACUGUAAAUCAAUAAAAUAAUUUUAACAAA